AUGUCACUGAAUUCCUGGAAAUUAUUCUCAAAAGGGUAUUUCAUGUUUACUUCUGUCUUGUCUGGCACUAAAGGGCAAUUGAUCACUGGUAGUUUGGACAAAACGCUGAAAUGUUGGGACCCUAGAGGUGCAAGUAGCCAAGUGCGCACACUCGUCGGGACAUAUCCACAGCCUGAGCGUGUUUACUCUCUCUCGCUGGUUGGAAAUCGCCUGGUUGUAGCAACAGCUGGAAAACAUGUUAAUAUCUAUGACUUGAGGAAAAUGUCUCAACCUGAGCAGAAAAGAGAAUCUUCAUUGAAAUAUCAAACCAGAUGUGUGCGUUGUUAUCCAAAUGGAACAGGAUAUGCACUAAGUUCUGUUGAAGGGCGGGUUGCGAUGGAAUUCUUUGACCUCUCAGAAUCUUUUCAGGCAAAAAAAUAUGCUUUCAAGUGUCACCGAAAAUCAGAGGCCGGAAGGGACAUCGUCUAUCCUGUAAAUGCAAUUUCAUACCACCCCAUCAUUGCGGCAUUAUCGUUUAACAGAGAUGGACGCCUCUUGGCUGUAGCAUCAAGUUACACAUUCGAAGAAGGGCCUAAAAAAGGACCUAAUGUCUUAGAACAAGAUGCAAUCUACGUUCGCAGUGUAAACGAGAUUGAGGUCAAGCCGAAGCCCAAAGUCUACCCUCCAGCGUGA